AUGGACAAUGAAAAAUUGACAGCAACUACUGUUGGUGAGCGAGCAAUGAUGACUGCUACCGAUCGUAAUGCUGUGCUGUCCCUACCUUUUCGUCGGAUUCUACAAAAUUUUCUUGUGAUCUGGCUUGACGCCAAUUUUGAUGAAUCAAAAGAUAAUUAUAAAAAAUCAAUACAACAUCUACAAUGUAUUGUAGCAACAAUUACAACAUUCACAGACGCUGACCAAUGUAUUGAAUUUCUCACUGGUAUUCAAAAUGAAAAAGUAUUCAUGAUUGUGUCUGGUACACUGGAACAAAAUAUAAUACCAGAAAUUCAAGCAUGCCCACAAUUAGAAUCCAUUUAUGUUUUUUGUGACAAUCCUUCGAUUCAUGAACCAUGGGCUAAAGCAAUAUCUAAAGUAAAAGGUGUCUACACAGAAAUUGAAUCGAUUUGUGAGGCAUUAAAAAUUGCUUGUGAGCAUUGUGAUCGAGCUCUGAUUCCGAUCAGUUAUCAUGGCAUCGAUGUGUUGUUUAUGUACACGCAAUUGCUUAAAGAAACAUUUUUGGAAAUUGAAGAUGACGACGAUGAAUCAGUUAAAGCAUUUGUUGACUAUUGUCGUCUUCAAAGUGAUGUUACUAAAAAGGAUGUUGAUAAGAUCGAACAAGAAUAUCAUAACCAUAAACCAAUAUGGUGGUACACGGCUCCAUAUUUUAUAUACUCAAUGCUCAAUCGUGGUCUACGAUUAAUGGACGUUGAUAUUAUACUCAAAAUGGGUUUCUUUAUUCGAGACUUACAUCAGAAUAUAAAAAAUCUACAUUGUGAACAACAAUCCACCAACCCAACGACGAAUACUACAUUCCAAGUUUUUCGAGGUCAAAGUUUAUCUAUAGAAAACUUUGAGAAAAUGAAAAGAACAGAAGGUGGUCUGAUGUCUUUCAAUAAUUUUCUCUCAACGAGUCGCAAUCGCACUUUCUCCCUGGAAAUUUUUGCACGGCCAGUAGCACUCAACAAUGAUGCUCAUUCAGUUGGUAUACUCUUUGUUAUGACCGUCGAUCCUAUACUAUGCACAACAUCAUCGAUUUCUUUUGGCGACGUGAGAAACGUUGGCUUCUUCGACGAUCAAGAGGAAGAAAUUCUUUUUUCAUCACACACAAUUUUUCGUAUUGAUCGAAUUGAACGAAUCCACGACGAUCAUACUGAUCGACUAUGGCAAGUUGAUCUAACCCUAAUGGAUAACGACAAUAAUGACCUUCAUACACUCACAGAAAGCAUACGCGAGGAGCUCAGUUGGACAACAGGAUGGUCUCGACUGGGUCAUAUACUUAAGAAUGUGGGCGAGUUUGCAAAAGCAGAACAACUGUACCGGAUCCUUCUCGAGAAGGCAUCUUCCGAUGAAGAUAGAGCGAACUACAAUGACCAACUUGGUCAGAUGUAUUAUUAUAUGGGCGAGUAUUCAAAAGCACAUUCCUCGUACGAACAAGCACUUGAAAUCCGGCAAUUAGCUUUCCCUUCCGAUGAUCCGGAUUUAGCUACAUCCUACAACAACAUCGGCGCUCUGUAUUUUAACAUGGGCGAGUACUCGCUAGCACUUUCAUCUUACGAACGAGCACUUGAAAUCCUAAAAAUAACUUUCUCUCCAGAUCACCUCUCAUUAGCUGCUCCCUAUGGCAACAUCGGUAAUGUAUAUUAUUACAUGGGCGAGUCCUCCAAAGCACUUUCAUCUUACGAACGGUCACUCGAAAUUCAAAACAAAGCUCUCCCCUCAAAUCAUCCCGACUUAGCUAGUAUCUACGAAUGCAUCGGCAAUGUGUAUGAUAAUAUGAGCGAGUACUCAAAAGCACUUUCAUCGUACGAACGAUCACUUGAAAUUAGAAAAAUAGCUCUCCCUCCGAAGCAUCCCAAGUUGGCUACUUCCUACAGCAACAUUGGCGUGGUGUAUUAUCAUAUGGGCGAGUACUCAAAAGCACUUUCAUCGUACGAGCGAUCACUUGA